UUUUUUUUUUUCCGCGAAGUAACUUUUGCAUUCCCGCCUCCCCCGAGUCCUGGGGACCAGAGGCGGUGCCGAGCCUGGGGGCGGUUCUUCGGCAGCGUAGAUUCUUGUCAGAGCCAGACUUUUGCUCCUGGGCUCGGUUUGCAUCAUCCCCAUCACACCCUCUGGAGAGAGGAGCCAGCCCCCUUUCAGCCUCAGCUUCCGGCACGGAGCCGACCCCUCCCCCUCCCAGGCCCCUUCCCCUUCCCCGUCCCUCUGUGGCCCCCCGCAUCUUGUUAGUCCUCUCCCUCCACUCCGCAGAAUUUUCUUUCUCUCUCCCUUCUCUCCUCCAUUCGUCGUUUUAUGUUUCCCACUCUUUGAGGAAGGAUGGUUGAUUUGGAGAGCGAAGUGCCCCCUCUGCCUCCCAGGUACAGGUUUCGGGAUUUGCUGCUAGGGGACCAAGGAUGGCAAAACGACGACAGGGUACAAGUUGAAUUCUAUAUGAAUGAAAACACAUUUAAAGAGAGACUAAAGUUAUUUUUUAUCAAAAACCAGAGAUCAAGUCUAAGAAUUCGUCUAUUCAAUUUUUCUCUCAAAUUAUUAAGCUGCUUAUUAUACAUAAUCCGAGUGCUACUAGAAAACCCUUCACAAGGAAAUGAAUGGUCUCAUAUCUUUUGGGUGAACAGAAGUCUACCUUUAUGGGGCUUACAGGUUUCAGUGGCAUUGAUAAGUUUAUUUGAAACAAUACUACUUGGUUAUCUCAGUUAUAAGGGAAACAUCUGGGAACAGAUUUUACGAAUACCCUUCAUCUUGGAAAUAAUUAAUGCGGUUCCCUUCAUUAUCUCAAUCUUUUGGCCUUCCUUAAGGAAUCUAUUUGUCCCCGUCUUUCUAAACUGUUGGCUUGCCAAACAUGCCUUGGAAAAUAUGAUCAAUGAUCUGCACAGAGCCAUUCAGCGUACACAAUCUGCAAUGUUUAAUCAAGUUUUGAUUUUAAUAUCUACAUUACUAUGCCUUAUCUUCACCUGCAUUUGUGGAAUCCAACAUCUGGAACGAAUAGGGAAGAAGCUGAAUCUCUUUGACUCCCUUUACUUCUGCAUUGUGACAUUUUCCACUGUGGGCUUUGGGGAUGUCACCCCUGAGACAUGGUCCUCCAAGCUUUUUGUCGUUGCCAUGAUCUGUGUUGCUCUUGUGGUUCUACCCAUACAGUUUGAACAGCUGGCCUAUUUGUGGAUGGAGAGACAAAAGUCAGGUGGAAACUAUAGUCGACAUAGAGCUCAAACUGAGAAGCAUGUUGUUCUGUGUGUCAGUUCACUGAAGAUUGAUUUACUUAUGGACUUUUUAAAUGAAUUCUAUGCUCACCCAAGACUUCAGGAUUAUUAUGUGGUGAUUUUGUGUCCUACUGAAAUGGAUGUGCAAGUUCGAAGGGUACUGCAGAUUCCAAUGUGGUCACAAAGAGUAAUCUACCUUCAAGGAUCAGCCCUUAAAGAUCAGGAUCUGUUGAGAGCAAAGAUGGAUGAUGCUGAGGCCUGUUUUAUUCUGAGCAGCCGUUGUGAAGUGGAUAGGACAUCAUCUGACCACCAAACAAUUUUGAGAGCAUGGGCUGUAAAAGAUUUUGCUCCAAAUUGCCCUUUGUAUGUCCAGAUAUUAAAGCCUGAAAAUAAAUUCCAUAUCAAAUUUGCUGAUCAUGUUGUUUGUGAAGAAGAGUUUAAAUACGCCAUGUUAGCUUUAAACUGUAUAUGCCCGGCAACAUCUACACUUAUUACACUACUGGUUCAUACCUCUAGAGGGCAAGAAGGCCAGCAAUCGCCAGAACAGUGGCAGAAGAUGUACGGUAGAUGCUCUGGCAAUGAAGUUUACCACAUUGUUUUGGAAGAAAGUACAUUUUUUGCUGAGUACGAAGGAAAGAGUUUUACAUAUGCCUCUUUUCAUGCACACAAAAAGUUUGGCGUCUGUUUGAUUGGUGUUCGGAGGGAAGAUAAUAAAAACAUUUUGCUGAAUCCAGGUCCUCGAUAUAUUAUGAAUGCUACAGAUAUAUGUUUUUAUAUUAAUAUUACCAAAGAAGAGAAUUCAGCGUUUAAAAACCAAGACCAGCAGAAAAGAAGCAAUGUACCAAGGUCAUUUUAUCAUGGACCUUCUCGAUUACCUGUACAUAGCAUAAUUGCCAGCAUGGGUACUGUGGCUAUAGACUUGCAAGACACAAGCUGUAGAUCAACAAGUGGCCCCACCCUGUCUCUUCCUACGGAGGGAAGCAAAGAAAUCAGAAGACCUAGCAUUGCUCCCGUUUUAGAGGUUGCAGAUACAUCAUCAAUUCAAACAUGUGAUCUUCUAAGUGAUCAAUCAGAAGAUGAAACUACACCAGAUGAAGAAAUUUCCUCAAACUUAGAAUAUGCUAAAGGCUACCCACCUUAUUCUCCAUAUAUAGGAAGUUCACCCACUUUUUGUCAUCUCCUUCAUGAAAAAGUGCCAUUUUGCUGCUUAAGACUAGACAAGAGUUGCCAGCAUAACUACUAUGAGGACGCAAAAGCCUAUGGAUUCAAAAAUAAGCUAAUUAUAGUUGCAGCUGAAACAGCUGGAAAUGGAUUGUAUAAUUUUAUUGUUCCUCUCAGGGCAUAUUAUAGACCAAAGAAAGAACUUAAUCCCAUAGUACUGCUAUUGGACAACCCGCCAGAUAUGCAUUUUCUGGAUGCAAUCUGUUGGUUUCCAAUGGUUUACUACAUGGUGGGCUCUAUUGACAACCUAGAUGAUUUACUCAGGUGUGGAGUGACUUUUGCUGCCAACAUGGUGGUUGUGGACAAGGAGAGUACCAUGAGUGCGGAGGAAGACUACAUGGCAGACGCCAAAACGAUUGUAAAUGUGCAGACCCUUUUCAGGUUGUUUUCCAGUCUCAGUAUUAUCACAGAACUUACUCACCCAGCCAACAUGAGAUUCAUGCAAUUCAGAGCCAAAGACUGUUACUCUCUUGCUCUUUCAAAACUGGAAAAGAAAGAACGAGAGAAAGGUUCUAAUUUGGCCUUUAUGUUUCGGCUGCCUUUUGCUGCUGGGAGGGUGUUUAGCAUCAGUAUGUUGGACACUCUUCUCUAUCAGUCAUUUGUAAAGGAUUAUAUGAUUUCUAUCACCAGACUUCUGUUGGGAUUGGACACUACUCCGGGAUCAGGGUUUCUUUGUUCCAUGAAAAUCACUGAGGAUGACCUGUGGAUCAGAACUUAUGCCAGACUUUACCAGAAGCUGUGCUCUUCUACCGGAGAUGUUCCCAUUGGAAUCUACAGGACUGAAUCUCAGAAACUUGCUACAUCUGAGUCUCAGAUAUCCAUCAGUGUAGAAGAGUGGGAAGACACCAAAGACUCCAAAGAACAAAGUCAUCACCGAAGCAACCACCGCAACUCAACUUCCAGUGACCAGUCAGACCAUCCCUUACUGCGGAGAAAGAGCAUGCAGUGGGCCCGAAGACUGAGCAGAAAAGGUCCAAAACACUCUGGUAAAACAGCUGAGAAAAUAACCCAGCAGCGACUGAACCUCUACAGGAGGUCAGAAAGACAAGAGCUUGCUGAACUUGUGAAAAAUAGAAUGAAACACUUGGGUCUUUCUACAGUGGGAUAUGAUGAAAUGAAUGAUCAUCAAAGUACCCUCUCCUACAUCCUGAUUAACCCGUCUCCAGAUACCAGACUAGAGCUGAACGAUGUUGUAUACUUAAUCCGACCAGAUCCGCUGGCAUACCUUCCAAACAGUGAGCCCAGUCGAAAAAACAGCAUCUACAAUGCCGUGGCUCAAGACUCUCGGGAGGAAACUCAGCUUUGA